AUGGGAGGAAGGAAGGAGCCCGGCCCGGCUGCAGCCGCCCGCAGCAGGCGCUGGAUCGCGGCUGGAAGCGGGCGGGGCGCGUGCCGGCCCCGGGACCCUCCCGACGCCGCCGCUCCCUCAGCGCCGCCCGCGGCGCCGGCCCGUGGGGCGCCCCCUGGCGGACACGGAGCGGCGGCGCGAGCGCAGCGCCCCCUGGCGGGCAGCAGCGCGCUCCCGUGCGGGCCCGGCCCCGCAGCGCCCCGGGGAUGCGGAGCCCCCCCGGCCCGGAACGCCGAGGUCACCGCACCGCCCUGGGCAGAGCAGCGCCCUCCGCCCCCUGCCCCCUGCCCGAGCCCCCGGGAGCUCGCGCUCCCGCGGAACGAGCGGCGCUGGAUCGCCGCGGGCGGGAGGAGCCGCUCCGGGGCGGGCGCUGGGGCCGAGUCCGGACUGCGCCCGGUGCGGGACCGGGACCCCGCCGGGGCUCGGUCCUGCUCCAGCCGCUCAUCCGACACCUGCCGGGGGAUUCCGGGUUGGAAAGAGCCACGAGGAGCAGCACGUCAAACCGUGACUAAUUUUGAAAUUUUAAAGAAAAUUAUGAUCUCACAGGGACUCACAGAAGUUCUCCCAACACCAUUUGCUGAUGCUCUGUCUGCCAGGGCACCAACAGGAAGUUCUGGGUCAGUUCUUGUUCCAUGUUGGCCAGUGACCUCAAGAGAAAAAGGUACAAUUCGAUGUCAGCGUGGGCGUCCCACUUCAAGGCUUCCUUUUGCAACGCCAACAAAACCCUCUGGGUGUCCGUGUCCAUCCUGGUCCUGCUGGCUGCUCUCACGAGCUUCCUGACGGGGCUGUCCCUGCAGAGGCCAGCAGAUGCAGCCCCUGUGGGCACUGGGGACUCCUGGAGGUCGCUGCAGCAGCUGCUGUGGCCCUACACAGGACUGCACCACCACGGCCCUCCCCCGGUAUAACCCCGGCUCUCCUGCCAGGGCUGCGCUGCCACGCCCUGCAGGACAGGGGCUGAAGCUGGCGUAAAGGUUACUUGUCUGGAUUUGUUUUGUUGGGGUGUGGGUAUUUUUGGGGGGGAAAUGAAGUUUUUUUUCUUUAAAGCAUGACUUGAAAUGAAAAAAAAAAAGAAAAAAAUCCUUUUCCCAUUCUGCCAAAAGUCAUCUUUAAAAGUAGCUAAAAGGGUCUCAGUUCUACUGAGGUUUACAAUAGAAUAGCAAUUUUGAACGUAGCUAACAGUAAACAUGUCUAGGUGGUCUAGCCACAAUUGAAUAAAGAAUGUAUUUUGCUUGAACAAAGAUAAAAUGUUUGCAUUUUAGAACCUGUUUUAAUGUUUUGAAUAGAAAAGGAUUUAAGACUUGAAAUGUAACUUUAUUAAAAGCUUUUGAUAAUAAAGUUUUGAAGGAAAGCA